AUGAAGCUUCUUACCACUGGGCUUUUGGCCAGUGCUGCCCUCGUGGCUGCCCAGGAGCAACAGGUCCUCCGGGCAGACGAGGUCUUCGGCAAGGCACCACUGCCGGACGCAUCCAUCUUCGACGAGACCAUCAAGCAGUUCCAGUCCAGCAUCGAGGAUGGCAUCUCCCACUUCUGGUCCGAGAUGAAGACCAACUUCAAGGACUACCUGCCCAUGAUCUCUCUCCCCAAGAAGCACAACCGCCGGCCUGACUCGGAAUGGGACCAUGUCGUCCGCGGAGCCGACGUCGAGAGCGUCUGGGUCCAGGGUGCCGAUGGCGAGAAGCGUCGGGAAAUUGACGGCAAGCUCAAGAACUACGACCUCAGAGUCAAGUCUGUCGACCCUUCUCAGCUCGGUAUCGACCCUGGUGUCAAGCAGUACAGCGGCUACCUCGAUGACAACGAUGCUGAUAAGCAUCUGUUCUACUGGUUCUUUGAGUCUCGAAACGACCCCAAGAACGACCCAGUCGUCCUCUGGCUGAACGGCGGCCCUGGCUGCUCUUCCCUGACUGGUUUGUUCCUCGAGCUUGGCCCUGCUACCAUCGACAAGAACCUCAAGGUUGUCCACAACCCUUACUCUUGGAACUCGAAUGCCUCCGUCAUCUUCCUCGACCAGCCAGUCAACGUUGGCUUCUCUUACAGUGGCUCUUCCGUUUCCGACACCGUUGCUGCCGGAAAGGACGUCUAUGCCCUCUUGACUCUGUUCUUCAAGCAGUUCCCUGAAUAUGCCACCCAGGACUUCCACAUCUCCGGUGAAUCCUAUGCUGGACACUACAUCCCAGUCUUUGCUGCCGAGAUUCUGUCCCACAAGAACACCAACAUCAACCUCAAGUCCGCCCUCAUCGGCAACGGACUAACUGACCCCUUGACCCAGUACCCUCAUUACCGACCUAUGGCCUGCGGUGAUGGUGGUUACCCUGCCGUCUUGGACCAGGGUACUUGCCGUUCCAUGGACAACUCACUCGAGCGUUGUCUUUCCCUGAUCGAGACCUGCUACAGCUCCGAGUCCGCUUGGGUCUGUGUUCCCGCUGCCAUGUACUGCAACAGCGCCAUCCUCGCUCCUUACCAGCAGACCGGCAUGAACCCCUAUGACGUCCGCUCCAAGUGUGAGGAUAUGGGUUCUCUCUGCUACCCCCAGCUAAACGCCAUCACUGAAUGGCUCAACCAAAAGUCUGUCAUGAAGGCCCUCGGCGUUGAAGUUGAGUCUUACGAGAGCUGCAACUCUGGCAUUAACCGUGACUUCCUCUUCCACGGUGACUGGAUGAAGCCAUUCCACCGCCUCGUCCCCAGCGUGCUCGAGAAGAUUCCCGUCCUCAUCUACGCCGGUGAUGCUGACUUCAUCUGCAACUGGCUCGGUAACCAGGCCUGGACCGAGGCUCUUGAAUGGCCCGGCCACAAGAAGUUUACCGAAGCUAAGCUCCAGGACCUCAAGAUCGUCGAUAACAAGAACAAGGGCAAGAAGAUCGGCCAGGUCAAGUCCAGCGGCAACUUCACCUUCAUGCGUAUCUUUGGUGCUGGCCACAUGGUCCCACUCAACCAGCCAGAGGCCAGUUUGGAAUUCUUCAACCGCUGGCUUAGAGGUGAAUGGCAUUAG